CCGCAACGUGCCUCUCCAUCGCUCUCUCUCUCGCUCUCUCUGCCUCUUUGGUUAUAAUCUGCCGCCUCGGCCGGCUAGCUAGCCCAACCAGCCUCCUUGCCCUCCCCCUUCGAACUCCGUCCCCAUCCUGGGCGGCCGAAGAGAUAUUUUUGGCCGUUGCUUGCAGCUAGCACACGUACUUACACACGGCACGGUCUACAUUUUUUUUUGUUGAUCCGUUUGCCUUUUUUAUUUCCUUCUCCCUUCCCACCUACCCCCGCCGGCUGCUCUUCGCCCAUGUGCCACUUGUGUGCAUCACAGCCGAGAGAGGAACUGAGGUCGCCGGCGUGCCGCACACACCUUCUCCGAGACCCCCGACCGCUGCUGGCUUGCUCACUGCCAAUGCCGCAUGUUAUACCGCAACCGUAGCCAAACGUCCUUUCUUGUUUUCUCGGACUUCUAGCGCGCCUUCAGCUGGUGCUUUGUUCCUUUUAAAAAGCUCCCAGUGGCCCACCCCACCAAGACCGCCGGCCUGGUGUUAGUCGACCUUUUUCGCGCGGACCGAGACACAACCGUCUCAUCGGCUUUCCAGACUCCUGCAAACGGGCGACCGAUUCCUGAUCCCGUCAGGUGUCAUCAGGAGUAUAUCCCGAAAAGGCACCGCUCCCAACGGCGUCGGCCCACACGGGACAGUUUCCACCUGUUUUUGUUCUCACAACCUCAACCGCUCGAAGCCGCACUGCUGCUUCGCGGUCGACUGUUGGCAGGCUCUCUCCCACCGCCGAGAGCCAACCCGCAGGUAGCACGAGACCCGACGCGGCCGGCAACGGUUCCUCGGGCACUCUGGUGGCAGCGGGCUUCAGCACGCUGCUGCCACCCACGACACCACCGACGGCUCCCAUGCCUUCCGACACGAGCGCGCAGUCGACGGCCUCGACGACUAGCAAUCCUUCCGAUGGCCACCGUACCCUCGUUAUCGCGCUGACGGUCGUCUUUGCCGUCCUCGGCGUGGUCCUCGUCGCCGGCGCCGCCGUCCUGUGCCACAGGUAUAGGCGGAAGCGGGUACCGUUUUUCGAGCGGGGCAUCACGCCCAUCGACGACGACGAGAUCGAGAGCUGGAAAAUUAGCCCCGAGGAGCGCGCCGAGAAGCACGUGCCCGAACCCACGACGAGCGCCGGCCUAACCAUCACGGUGCCGCGGUCCUCGGAAUCCAACCCCAGGUCAUUCCGGCCCGGCACCGCAGGGAGGGACGCAUCAGCAGCAACAGCAACAGCAGCAGCAGCAUCAUCGGACCCAUCGUUACCACCAACGACACCGACCAAGAAGGUGCCCAGCGCCGUCAUCGUCUACCAGAACCAGGUGUCGGCCAGCUGCUCGCCAGAUAUCCCGGGCUACCGCAAGUCCGAGGAGCUGUCGCCCCGCUCCAUGGCCUCGUCGUCCAAUCUCGCCGGCUCGAGGUACGGCCGCGCGAGCAUGGACAAGGACCUGCCCCAGACGCCCAUCCAGGCGCGGGCGCCCAAUGCGCGCGAGGGGCUGACGGACCAGGCCAUCCCCGGCGACGAGCCCUACAUCCCGCUACCCAAGCGGCAGCUGUCGCGCAUCUCCAAGAUGUCGGGGUCCGUCACGUCGCCGCGCCUGGCCCACACGCGCGCGCGCAGCUCCCGGAGCAGCCUGCGCAGCCUCGGCCUGAGCUGGGACCACCCCCAGCAGCAGCAGCAGCAGCAGCAGCAGCAGCAGCAGCAGCAGCAGCAGCAGCAGCAGCAGCAGCAGCAGCAGCAGCAGCAGCAGCAACAGCAGCAGCAGCAGCAGCAGCGACAGCAGGGGCCCUACGGCUACUACGGUGCGUCCGAGCAGGAGCUCCCGCGCGCCGGCAGGACCUCGAGCGACUACCCGCGGUCCUCGGCCGCCAGCUGCUCGCCCCCUCACCGCUGCGGCAACUACUCGCACCACCACCACCAGUACUCGGGCGCGUCCAACCACUCGCGCGUCUACUCGACCUCGUCCAUCCCGCCCAGGCUCUCGUUCAGCGACGACAUGUUUGGCUCGCCGAGGCCGCUGCUGCGCGAGGACAUUGGCCGCGCCAUUGGCUGAAGCGUCGCGAUUUAACAUCAGCUCAUACACAUACCAUCACUGCUCCUUCUCAGCGACAUAUUUUGCACGCUUUGCCUGCUCAAACACAGCUCACUCCUUUUUCAGUGCCUUCUUUUCGUCUUCAAAUGACUGCUCUUUUUUGAUGACCUGUCUUGAAUUCACUCCGAGAUCUUGCACCAGACUCGUCGAGCAUUUACCUUGGCUUGUGAUUUCCAUCUGGCAACGUUGCCGUUUUCACUAGCGUGUUGUUUCUUUUGUCUUUUGGGAGGUGACAUCAACCUCGGUCUACGAUACGAAAGUUUGCCAGCGCCCAUCUUAUGACACGAGGGCUAGCAUUUACCCUUCAUUUUUCUUUUUCUUCAAUUUCUUCACUUGACGGUUAUGAGGAGGAUAUACCCCAGAGACGACAGAUGAGGAGAGCGUCUAUAAGAGAUUUUCUUUUUUCAACAGAGAAACUUUUUAUUAUUAUUUCGAGGGCUGAAUAUGCGGGAUGGCCUUGACAUCCUACAGCUCCUUUUAUUAUCCGCCCAACACUGUUCAACUAUCUGCAUGCUAUAAUACCAAGACGGUCAGGGAGGGCAUUCUGCUUCGAGAUGUGUAUUCCAUACUACAAUUAUCCAAUGUCGCCCGCCAUUGGUUUGGGUUUUUAUAGCAUAUCCGGCACAGGGGUGAUACCAAGCACGCCAGGGACUUCCCACGGGGACACUCGAACAAUCCGGAACCAACAUAAUACUCUUGACUACCA